AUGAAAUGCACAAUUGUAUUGACAUUAGUCUAUUAUGCCAUUAUGGCAUCGGCUGCAAAAACCAUCUUACUUUCUAAUGAUGAUGGCUGGGCCUCCACUUAUAUUAGAGCUGCAUACCGGGAUCUUAAGGAUGCUGGUUACAAUGUGAUUUUGGUGGCACCGGUAUCUCAAAGAUCAGGAUACGGUGGAAAAUUCGAUGUUCCUACUUCCAAGACUCUUGAAACUGAAGGAGAAUUUAGUUACGUUAAAAAGGGUGCACCUUCUUGGGACCAUGAAAAAGACGACCAAAAUAUCUGGUAUUUCAAUGGUACUCCUGCCUCGUGUAUUUCGUUCGCUUUGGACUAUUUGCUUCCUGAGAAGUUUGACAAUGUUACACCCGAUUUGGUGGUUGCUGGACCUAACGAGGGUCCUAAUUUGAGUCCUGGUUUCUACACUGCUUCUGGAACCAUGGGAGCGGUUUAUAAUGCCAUUUACCGAGGAAUUCCCGCCAUUUCGUUCCUGGGUUCUGAUUUCAACAACUCUUUUUUCAAAGACUCGCUCGACGAUUCCAAAUCCAAUCCCGCCAAUAUCUACUCCAAAAAAGUUGUGGAGUUGACGAAAAAGGUAAUUGACGGAGGUAUGCCCGCUAUCACCGGUAUAAACGUCAAUUUCCCCAAAGUAGGCACGCUUUUGGGCAAGGAUGAUCCUUCGUGUGACGACCCCAAAUGGCAAUUUGGCAGGAUGAUGGGCAAAGGAGUGUUUGUUCAGAACAUGAAGUACAAUCUGGACCUGGGACUUAUGGAGUGGGGCACGAAAUACUUUGACAAUAUUCUGAAAGAUUGCGACAGUGGAGACUGUGGAUUAACAGCGGAAUACGAUAUUUACCUCAAAAACAAUUGCAGUACAUCAGUCAGUGUUUUCACUGUGGAUUACGACACCACGUUACUGACAUCCAACACCGUCAAAAAACUACUUGGGUUUUAG